AUGGCUCCUCAAAUUCCUGAGAAGCAGUGGGCGCAAGUCGUCGAAAAGAAAGGUGGCCCACCCAUCUACAAGGAAAUUCCCGUCCCCAAGCCCGGCCCCGAUGAAGUCCUGCUGAAGAUAAAAUACUCCGGCGUCUGCCACACCGAUCUUCAUGCCAUGAAAGGGGACUGGCCUCUUCCUGUCAAGAUGCCUCUGGUCGGCGGCCAUGAAGGUGCCGGUAUCGUCGUCGCCAAGGGCGAACUGGCCUCGGGCGUUGAGAUCGGCGACCAUGCAGGUAUCAAGUGGCUGAACGGAUCGUGCCUGGCGUGCGAGUACUGCAAGACCGCGGACGAACCACUUUGCGCCACCCCUCAGCUUUCGGGUUACACCGUCGACGGCACAUUCCAGCAGUACGCGAUUGGCAAGGCUGCCCACGUUACUAUCCUGCCGAAGGAUCUGCCUCUGGAUGGGAUUGCGCCGAUUCUUUGUGCCGGACUUACCGUGUACAAGGGUCUAAAGGAGUCUAAUGCUCGUCCUGGUCAGACUAUUGCGAUUGUUGGCGCUGGUGGUGGCCUCGGUGCAAUGGCUCAGCAAUAUGCCAAGGCGAUGGGAUUGCGCGUUGUUGCUAUCGAUGGUGGUGAUGAGAAGCGUGAUGUUUGCGAGAAGCUUGGCUCGGAGGCAUACAUCGAUUUUACCAAAUCCAAGGAUCUCGUCUCCGACGUAAAGGCUGCCACUCCUGAUGGCCUAGGUGCACACGCUGUGAUCCUGCUUGCCGUCGCCGAGAAGCCCUUCCAGCAGGCAGUUGAGUACGCUCGUCCCCGCGGUACAAUCGUUGCCAUCGGCAUGCCUGCCAAUGCCUUCGUGAAGGCCCCAGUUUUCGAGACCGUUGUCAAGAUGAUUACCAUCAAGGGCAGCUACGUGGGUAACCGUCAGGAUGCUGCGGAGGCAGUUGAUUUCUAUGCUCGUGGCUUGAUCAAAGCACCAUUCAAGACCGUUCCGCUUGAGGAGCUUCCCAGGGUAUUUGAGCUAAUGGAUCAAGGGAAGAUUGCCGGUCGUUAUGUUCUCAAGAUGCCGGAGUAA